AUGGUCCUCCUGGUCCUCCUGGUCCUUCUGGUCCCAAAGGUGACAGAGGUUAUCCUGGCUUCCCUGGGGUACCUGGACCAGCUGGGGAAAGCGGAAUGCCCGGAAUCCCAGGUCAAAAAGGAAGACCUGGAGAACCCGGACAACCCGGACGACCUGGAGAACCUGGACAACCUGGAGAACCCCGGACGACCUGGAGAACCCGGACGACCUGGAGAACCCGGAUCCAACAUGAUGUGCAGACAAGAUGCCACUGGUUCCAGUUGCACAGACCCCAGAGCCUUUGCUAAGUUAGAGUUGGACGUUGAAGUUAAACCUUUUCUUCCAGAUGAGCUAAAGGUGGCAUUCUCAGCCGGUCUGACUGAUUCUGGAUCAGUCGGACCGUUUGAUGAGGAGACAACUCUGAUUUUCUCUAAAACCAUCACCAACGUCGGCCAAGCCUACAACCAGACUGCAGGUGUGUUCACAGCUCCUGUCAGAGGACUUUACUUCUUCAGCUUCACAGCUGCAGAUUACCUGAAAGGUUACAUGGGUCUCUACCUGUACAGGAACAACCAGCCAAUCAUCUUCAACCUGGACCUGAACGACCACGGUGGCUACGCCUCCUCGUCCAGUGGCGUGGCUCUGCAGCUGGAGGAGGGCGACAGAGUCCGUCUCAGUCUGCCGGCCAGCUACCGGCUCUAUGACGACUCCCGAAACUUCAGCGUCUUCUCCGGGUUCCUGCUGUUCCCCCUCUGACAGGACAGUCCCAGGAUCACAGGAAGAGUGAGACUUCCUCUCAGCAAUAAACUAACCUUUCAGUUGUCAAACUGGGACUGGAAGAGUGUACUUUUGUUUUGAUAGAGUGAGAGACUUGAUGGACUUUCUGAAGACAAUAAUGAGUCAUUUUACAUCUCUGAGGCUAAUAAACAAACAUUAAUAAACAGGAAUAA